GGAUAAAAAGUUAGACACUACUUGUCAAGACUACUAAGAUUAUUUGACUCUUUCAAAGCCGACAUCUCUAAGGACAUCGGAAAGGGCUUCGUCACUAUGAAGCAAUGUAUCAUUGACGAGGUUAAGGAAUCUUUUAUUCCAGAGCUUCGUGAAGCUAUAUUACCUGAGGUGAGAAAAUCUGUGACAGCCGAGUUGCAUCAAACAGUGAUGAAAGAGUUGAGGCAGUCUGUGUUAAUGGAGUUGAGGCAAUCUCUACUAAAAGAACUGAUGGAAGUUAUUGAUAAGGACGGGGAGAGAAAUGAUGAGGAGGCCGACAAAGAAAUGAUGGAAGUUAGUGAUAAGGACGGGGAGAGAGAUGAUGAGGAGGCCGACAAAGAAACUAGCUCGAUGAGCACUUCAAAUGAGGAUCAGUUUGAAAAUGAAAACAUGAGAAAUUUGGAGUUUGACAACCCGCCUACCAACAAUCAAUAUGAGGUUGGCCCUGUGGAUUUGACAAUGGUAGAAGACAUCGGUCAUGAAGGUGAAUGCACCUCGGCCAUCAAAGUUCUCCUUGCUUCAAACGCGUAUCAAAAGACCGAAAAAAGAUUCCACUCAAGCAAGGAAUUGUAUGUGGACACUUUCCACUUGAAGGAGCCAGCAAGCGAGAUUGAAUUUAAGCUGGCAAUGUUCGUUUUCGGAAAAAAUUUUGAUAAAGGGUACCCUUUUGUGAAAUUUCAAAAACUUGAACUUUUUCGGCAACAACUACUGUGCUUGAAGCCUGGAAUGGAAAUAACUGAUUCAGUUAUUAGUUGCUACGCACACUUAUUGACGCUGAAAGAACGUGAAGCAGCCCCAGAUGGAGUACCGAAAUAUUGGUUUAUGCCUUGUCGGGUCUCUCAUGAAAAUCUUGGGUUGUCAUGCUCUGUUAGCACUUGGGCAAGACAACAAAAUUGGAGGGAUCUAUUUUACGGCAAGUUGGCAAAAACUGAACAUGUAAUGACCCUUCAGAUUUUUUUAAUCAUUUAGUUAAUUAUAAUGAUGUUAUGGUAAUAAUAAAUUUCUGUCCCUUUCAUAUGCAGAUGUGUGUCCCGG